GCAAUUAUUAUUGUUGUUUAAGCCAACAACAAAUGUGUUGAUAUCGUGUUUAUUGUAGCCAGCUAAAUGGCAAAACAAAUUCGAUGCGAAUUGCCAACGCAGUGUGUCGCAACGUUUCGGCAUAACGGUAGUUAGUACACCAGUUAAAAGUUACGUGAACAACAAAACACAAAAAAAAAAAAAAUACCAAGGAGGAGACACCCAAAAUUUACGUGAGAUGCCAGCUAAUGCAACUGCAACAACAACAACAACUGCAACAAGCAAUAACAAACAGCUGCAAUGAAUGUGAAGAAACGGCCACGUCUGGAGCUAGCAACAGCUGCCACUGCCACAGCCACAGACGUUGCGCUCCUGAGCAAUUCAGUUUAUGGCAACGUUGCAAAUAUUGUUGGGGGAGGCACCACAAGCGGUCUGUUUCUCACAACCAGCAGCAGCGGCGGCAGCGGCAGCAGCAGCAUGGGAGGCGUGACUGACAUUAAUAAUGGUGCACAAAUAUAUUUAACCAUUUGCGGCGAUGAUGACAACUCGAAUGAAUCUCAAGAAUUCUAUGCCAUUGAGAGCAUUAAGCAGGAACCAGAUUUAGAUGCACUGCAUGCCCUUUUGCCCACAAAUCUGCAGCUGCCAACCGGUUGUGAAAUCUAUUUAGUUAAGGACACCAAAACGAGCGAACAAAUGCUGCAAAUGAAACAUACGAUCCCAACAACAACAGCAACAACAAACACAACAGCAAUGGCAUCCAUCAAAUUGGAGCCGGACUCCAUACCGUCCACGAGCGUGCUAUUCGUUAGUGGCGGAGGCGCUGCCACGCCCACCACACACAAUGUUGUUGUUGCUGCCAACAAAGAUUCAACGCCACCCAACAAUGGCAACGGCAGCAUUUCCUCUAUUGCAGUGGCCAACCAUCCACAUCCACCAACUCUUCCAGCUCAUGCUUCCCAGACAGCAGCUGUUCCAUCUCACUUUAAUGUCAAGCUGGAUGCUUAUAAGAAACGGGACGAUAAGCGUCGUGCCACCCACAACGAAGUCGAGCGUCGCCGGCGCGACAAGAUCAACUGCUGGAUCUUCAAGCUAAAAGAGAUGCUGCCCACGGAGGGCAAUCGCUAUAAGCCGCAAAUAACCACAAAUGCAAAUCUCUCGGCUGAAACGGUAGACGGCAGCAACAAGACGACUAUGACGACCACAACUUCGACGAGCCUGCGUAGCAGCCACAAUAAUGGACGCACACCACCCAACGACUCUAAAUCACAAAUCCUGAUCAAGGCCUGCGACUACAUCAAGAGCAUGCAGAACGAAAUUGAUAACUUACGCGACUGCCUGCAAGAGGCGGAGAGUCUGCGUCUAAGCAAUCAAGCAUUGAGGGACGAGUUGGAUAACCUAAAGCAGCAACAGGAGCUGCAGGAGCUGCGUUUCAAUACCGCUGGCGGAUCAUUCAACGUAACGCUAAAUUCGUUAAAUAGUUCAGCUACUAGUGACCUCUUCGAUGGGAUAGAUACGGCACCGCAUCUCUCGACGAUCUCUUCGAUAAACUUCACCAAACGGGGCCUGAUGAUCACCGACUACGAUGAGUAAAAGCAAUAUACUAUGAAAUAGAAGAAUUGCCCAAGCCCCCAAAUUCAACCAAAGAUUUGGAUGCAUAGGACAAAGAAAAGCAAAAACACACAAUAGUCAAUAUAUUAACAUUUAUGUGCCACAAUUUUGGGUGAGAGUAAUAAUAAUGCGGGCUGCUUCGGCCGUUGGCAGCCGAAGAUAAUUCUUGUUAUCGCUGAUAUUCGUUUUUGUUGAACAAUUGUUGUCAAUCCUCAUAUGGCAUACGUACAUAGAUAUACAUACAUAUACAUAUUCU